CGACUGACCACCACCCCUCUUGCUCUUCCUUCUUUCAUUUAUUCUGCUUGGAAGAUCGCUGCAAGCCAUUCGCCAUCAUGCAGGUCGAAGUCAACCCCAACGAGGAUACCGAGUGGAACGACAUUCUCCGCAAGCACGGCGUCAUUCCCGAAAAGCCCCAGGACCCCGAACCCCUGAUCCAAGAAGCCUUGGUGGAGGCAGAGCGCAAAGCAUGGGAGAACCGGCUGGAAGACAAGGAUCUGGACGAGUUGGACGAACUCGAGGAUGAGGAAGAUGAGGCAUUCCUCGAACAAUAUCGUCAGAAGCGGUUCGCCGAGAUGUCUGUCCUACAACAAACCAGCAUUCACAACCAAGUAUAUCCGCUACAGAAGGUCGACUACGGGCGCGAGGUGACCGAUGCCUCAAACAACUGCUUCGUCUUGGUUCACCUAAGCUCUUCUAGCGGCAACGUUGAGUCGCAAAGGCUGACGGAGCUGUGGAGACAACUGGCAGCGAAGUUUGGAGACAUCAAGUUCUGUGAGAUCCGAGGCAACAUGUGUAUUGAAGGGUACCCGGAAAGAAAUACACCCACCAUUCUGGUCUACAGAAACGGCGAGAUCAAGAGACAGCUCGUGACCUUGAGGGAGAUGAAUGGACCGAGGACCACACUCGCAGAUCUCGAGAGAAUGCUCCUCGACCUGGGUGCUGUCAAAGAGAGCGACGUUCGCCUCAAGAAGCGGUCGGACUCGUCAGACGAUGAACGUCCAUCCAAGAUCAAGUCUUCUAAACCCACAGUGGAAGAUGAUGAUGACGACUGGGAUUAAUGGAGAGAUAUCAGUAAAUAAACUGCAAAAGCAUAAUAUAUUCCAAUCAUGACUUGCCCCGCGACCGGGCACCUAAUUCCCCUAAGAAGGGCGAACGCGAUGUGACAUCCUAGCGAUGGUGGAACCCGGUCACUGAACCCCAGCUCGACUAAUCGCCUCAGUCAUCUACACCUUCAGUUCAUGGGUGGAGUGUAUAUAGCCUGGCAUGGGCACAGUUGACCGCUUCGCUGGGGCAUUUUCCCACGGUUCAUGUAUCUAGAUAGUUGGCCAUCCAUGCUUUGGCUCCUUCGCAAAGAUAUUGAUGUUGGUUAUUAUACCUUGACCACCCGGAAAUGCCAA